GGUUGAGCUGCACAUCCUCCUCUUCUGCCACAAGGAGGGACUUUCUUCAUCAAAUCCGUGCUCCUCUUUCUGUCCCCGCCGCCGCCGCCGCUGCUGCCGCCGCGGUGUGAGAACAACCAGCACGGAGGGAGCAGAAGCCAUAAGAUGAAGAAACGCUAUGUGGACGCGAGCAGGCUACGGAAAAUGAAAAAGCUGAAAAUAACGGAGAAGCUGUCUGAGAGUGCGUACACCUUCCUGAAGUUUAUGAUGAUGUGGACGCUGGUGCUGCUGGCAGAUUUCAUCCUCGAAUUCAGACUGGAGUACUUGUGGCCAUGCUGGCUCUUCUUCGGGAGUGUGUACACCACUUUCCACUGCCACGGGCUGGUUAUUUGUGUUGUUUUUGUUUGUGCUGCCUUCACUCUUGACAUCUUUUGUUUAAUUUUUGUUCCUUUGCACUGGCUGUUCUUUGUGGCCAGCACCUAUGUGUUGUUCAAUUACAUAUGGCACACAGAGAAAGGCAUCUGCAUAUCAACGGUGUCCCUGUGGAUCCUGCUUGUGUACACAGAGGCUUCACUUCGACUCAAGGACCUUAAAACCUCUCAUGCCAACCUGUCUCAUCUUUUUGCUGCACACUGCAUUGGAUAUCCUGUGGUGUAUCUGGGGUUCGAUGCCACCUGCUACUUCACUAACAUUUUCAAGCUGCGUAUACAGAAAGCCGUGCAGAGCGAGAAUGACUUCCACAUGCACCUCCUGCAGCACUCGCUCCCUCCAGGCCUGCAGGUUUACCCCAAGACGGGCACAGAUGGCAGCGGCAGCUCUAAAUGGAAGAUAAAGCCUGAGUCGACUCAGUAUCAAUGUCAGAACGGUGCUGUCAUGGCCCACGAUGAGGUGCACACCGUGGACUGCCUCCAGAUCCGCAGCGAGGAAAGACCGACAGAGAAAGGAGCACAGGAAGUGAGGUCGGUUGAAUCAAACCGGCGGCCGUUAUCAUCCAAAACUGGUGAGUCCAGAGAUCUGCUCCACUCUGGGGCAGGAGGACCAGAAUCCUCCACACCCCCGGAAAAUCUACCUCAAGAUGAGCAAGGGAGCAAAGCCACACGGGCGGCUAAAAGCUCCUCGCCAAAAGCCCGCAGAGGCAGCACGAACACUCCUUCGCCACCUGCGGGGAGGACUGAGAAGAAGCAGAGAUCCAGCUCAAAGACAGUCAGCCCCAACCGGGACGUAAUGGAGAAGAGCGCCACAGCAGCUCAGAACCACCACACUGAACAGAUGACCAAGCUGGAGCAGGAGCUGAGGAGGCUGAAGGGUGAGCUGCAGGUGAGCAGGCAGAGCGAGCAGGAGCUGCGAAGUCACAUCUGCAACCUGACUAACAGCGAGAGGAGCCUGAGACCAGAGGUUUCCCUGCUCAGACAGUCCAACAUGCUGCUUCAGAGCAAGAUUCUGUGUCUGACUAAAACCAAGCAGAGGGACAAGCAGAGCAGUGCGAUGCUGGAGAAGAAGACCAGAGCAGAGACGGAGGCCAGACUCUCUGUUGAGAAACAGUUGGCUGAGCUUCAGGCUCAGAAACUGGAGGAAGCAGCCAGCACAGCACGGAGUCUAACAAACAGGCAGGAACACUGUGAAACCCAAAUGUUAAGGAAAAGAGUUAAAGAUCUAGAGACAGAGUACAAACAACUACAGCUGGAGUGUCAAGUCAAACAGAGUCGUGUGGUAGAGCUAGAGAGUGAUGUUGAGGCUUUGGGGAAGUACCGCUGUGUGGAGAAAGAGACGGACAUGCUGCUGUCCACUCUGUCAGCCAUGCAGGAGAAGGCUCAACAUCUGGAGUACAACCUGAGCGCAGAGACUCGCAUCAAACUGGACCUGUUCUCGGCUCUGGGAGACGCCCGCCGACAGCUGGAAAUCGCUCAAGAUAAAGUGAUGAAGCAGGAUCGGGAGAUAAAGGAGAUGAAGCAGAAGAUCGCGGAGGUGAUGGCUGUCAGUCCCGGCGUAUCUUACAUGGCUCCUCGGCCUCCGGUGCCGCAGUAUCUCACCAAGUUACUCAACUCUGAGCGCUACAUGCUGAAUCCACGAGCACUGAUGUACCAGUGUCUGAAGAAAUAACAGUCUGUCAUCGCCUUUUCGUGAUCCUCAGACCCCUCCAUCUCUAAACAUCAGGGGAAGAAGAAGCUAAUGGAUUUUAUCACAGAGCUAAAUGACACCACAAAGUCAUCUACUUCCAGCCAUGAGUGGAACCAGAACGAGCCUCCACUAGUUGAAUGCCUUUUGCUGCACUGAUGGUGCUAACUUUACAUUAUCAUCUGUUUUACCUGUUUCCUCUCACAUCGAGGGUCGAAGAGUUUCACUCCAAAAUGAUAUGCAGAGCUGCUGGAGGCAGUUUUUAUGUAAAGAUACCCUCGUCCUGACAGCAUCAGAGAAAAGCACAACAUGUCUUUAAAAUCAGACCCUGUAGAUUUGUCUAAGCAAAUGAUUUCUGGAUAUGUAAGUUUAAAAUGUACAAGGAGAUAAAUCAUGCCACCCUGCAAACCUAUUAUCUUACUGGGGGCAGCUUUAAAAGGUUGAUUAACUAGGGACAGUAUAUUUCCUGGUAUUACGAUAAAACAACACACUCAAAAUGUCAUUAUGAAAAAUAUUCAAGAUUUUAGGGACUAUAAUAACUUUCCUUUUAAUUAUACAGAAUGAUCUUGAUCUGCAGGGACGUUGACUAAUGAAUUCAAAAUAACAUUUUUUAAAUCUUGUUUGUUCUUAGUUUAUCUUAGAACAAAUUAAUCUAAUAAACCUUCUUCACAGCAGACAUUUUGACUUGUCAUAAGAAAGCACAGAUGUUAAUGAUAAGUUUAACAAAGGCUCUGUUCUAUUUAAAUGUCCGACUAAGCCAUGACAGCGAGCCAGCAUUAACAAUACCACGGACCCUAAAACUGAAGCAGCUAAAUGGAAUUCAGCCAUCAUUCAUUUCUGUUUAUACAUACAGUACAGGCCAAAAGUUUGG